UGAAGCCCUCAGACGUGCUGUGUACCCUAACAGAGCUCCAGCAGUUUUCACACAGCUUUGGGUCUAUUAAUCAGUCUAAUCGUCCAGGAGCCAGCAUGAGGUCCCCCUAUUUCCCAGCCAGGUCAGUACUUUUCCACAAACAGCCCAAUGGAGUGACCUACAGAGUCCCGGCUUUGUUGUACCUGCCGCGCUUCAGAUCAUUUCUGGCUUUCUGUGAAGAGAGACUAAGCCCAUCAGACUCUCACGCUCACCUUCUCGUAAUGAGGAAAGGCACCUUCUACAGGAACUAUGUGGAGUGGAAGGACAUCCGUGUUCUUGGCACAGCCUUCCUACCUGGUCACAGGUCCAUGAACCCAUGUCCCGUGUAUGACGAGUUCACUGGUUUGCUCUUCCUGUUCUUCAUCGCUGUCCUCGGCCACACCUCCGAGUCCUACCAGCUGGUGACCGGGGACAACGUGACCAGGCUUUGCUACAUCUCCAGUACUGAUGGUGGAGACACUUGGAGUAAAGCCACCGACCUCACUGAGACAGUCAUAGGAAGCACUAUCAAAGGCUGGGCCACCUUUGCUCUGGGCCCGGGUCACGGCAUCCAGCUGAAGUCGGGCCGCCUGCUCAUCCCUGCCUAUGCCUAUCACAUUGAGUGCAAAGAGUGCUUCGGGCAGCUCUGCCUGAACACUCCUCGUGCCUUCUGCUUUCACAGUGACACCCAUGGAAGAACCUGGCGUUUUGGUGAGGCCAUCCCAGCUCCAGAGAGCGUGGAGUGUCAGAUGGUGUCUGUGGAUGAAGAGGACGGCUCUAACGUGCUAUACUGUAACGCUCGCAGCCCUCUGGGAUGCAGGGUGCAGGCAGUCAGUCUGGAUGAUGGCGCUGUAUUUCAGCAGGGCCAGCUGGUGCCACGCUUGGUGGAGCCUAGGAACGGUUGUCAUGGAAGUGUUGUUGGAUUUCCUGCUCCUUUACAUCUAUAUAAAACUCUUACUGGUCACACACCCUCUUGCAGACACUGGACGCCCUUUGUGGUCUGCACUGAUCAAAACCAGAUAUCUUAUUUACCAACAACAAACAGCAGCCGCUGGUCUCCAAACAUCCCAACUGCACUUUAUCCCAGCACCCCCCCAGACUUCCUAACUCCCACCUGGGUGGUUUAUUCCCACCCGACACAAACCACUGCCCGUAAAGAUCUGGGUGUGUUCCUCAGCCUGUUUCCAAGAGAUCCAGACAGCUGGCGUGGCCCCUGGGUGAUCUACGAGGGCCCCAGCGCUUACUCUGAUCUGGCCUAUCUAGAGCUGUCGCCUUCACCGGGAGAACCCCCCACUGUGGUGUUUGGCUGCUUGUUUGAGUGUGGAACAAAAACAGCAUACGAUGAAAUCUCCUUCAGCAUAUUCAGCCUCUAUGAGCUGAUAAACAAUCUCCCAGGGGAAAAAGAGCUAAGUGAGAGCAAGGAAAAUAACACUCAUCAAGCCGCUGGUAGAAAUGAGCCUCCAAGUUCAUCAGUCACCCACCCAAUGCUUCAUGUUAAGAAGAGGAGGAAAAGCAAGCUGAUGAAGAUUUGUUCUGUUUCUUAAAUGUUUUUAAUAAUAUAAUUUCCUAUCUUUUAAUAACAAAUAAGUUUUAAUAAAAGAAGAAAAAAUGGAUGGUGUGGUUUGUAUUAUAAUAUAACUGAAUUCAAAUAGUAAAGUCUGUAUUUAGGCAACAGAGCAAUUAGUAAAACUUGAAA